CAGCUACCGGCGGCCGGAUGUAGUCGGGGGGUAAGCUCGUAGCAGCAACGUGUACCUUCAGCAGCCGCACAGGUGAACAGCAGCACACCUCUGCCAGGUGUCAUCUUCUGUUCUGUGUUUCCACCUCAGACACACCCGGUUCGGUUCGGUUCGGUUCGGUUCGUGAGCUAUGGGUCGCCGUAAGUCCAAAAGAAAGCCGCCUCCUAAGAAGAAGAUGACCGGAGACCUGGACUCUCAGUUCACCUGUCCCUUCUGCAACCACGAGAAGUCCUGUGACGUCAAAAUGGAGCGGAGCAGGAACACUGGGAUCAUCUCCUGCACCGUCUGCCUGGAGGAGUUCCAGACCCCCAUCACCUAUCUGUCAGAGCCAGUCGACGUGUACAGCGAUUGGAUAGAUGCCUGUGAAGCAGCCAAUCAGUAGCCCUCGUGGUGCCGGAAGUCUUUCGGUGACGGGAUGAGGACGUGGCUGGUCUCAAGCUGGUCGGAGGACAUUUCUGAAACUCUUCUUCUUCACAGGUGUCCUCGGCUUUCCAGCUGUGUGCGAGGUCUUCGGUUCCCGUUGUCUUCUGACUUCUGUUUAAACCACGACUCUAGUUCUGAUCGCUUUUUGCCAUGUUCAGUGUAAACCUGGUUUCUCCUCACACUUUGAGCGGGAGGUUUCUGUUUUCAACUUGUUUUCCUGUUUUUUUUUAAUUCUUUUGACGGUUCUCAGAGUUCCUCUAGAUGCAGUGUAGACAAACCCUUUAAAUAGUAGUUGUUGAACGUUCUAACGUUGCUUUUCAUUUUAACUUCUUGAUAUUAUUUUGCCUGUAGUGAGAGUGAGCUCCCGUCUUUUUAAUGUAAAAUCAAUAGAAGAUUGAAUCUUUUUUGGUUAGUGUGAUGAGAAGAAGGAUCUGCACAGACACGGGUCAGACAUGAACUUUUUCCUCACAGUCACGCGGUGUCGCACACAUCAGCAGCAGGACCUACAUUUCCAGGUGGGCUGCUCCGUGCAGGUGUGAUGAUGUCACGGGUUGUGUUCACGGUAAUAACCACCCUCAGCUCUCCACACAGGCGUGUCACAACAUUAGGUCAUUCCACUGGAGAGAGGAAUGGAUAAGGUUUAAGGCUUUAGCUGCUACGUUCAGAAGUUUUGAAUUGUUUCUUGAAUCAUUCAGUUUUUUUCAGUUGAUCGCGUGUUGUCUUCUUUUAGUGCAUAUGUACAGAAACUGUAAUCCUAUCCUGAAAUCCAAAUCAAGCAACAGUGUUGGGUGUUAUUUUCCUAUGCAACAGCCAUCAGUGUUAAAGAGCAUGAAAGGAGCUGUUUGUUUUUUUUUAACAUCAUGAACGUGUGAAAUAAAGGAGCAAUAAGACUUGA